AUGACCAUAGCCGAACGCCAGGCCCCCAAACACUUCACCCUUCCACGCCCCCUCAACAACAACCGCGACUCCGUCCUCGAGGUCCUCCACAGCCAUUCUCGUCUCGCAAAAUGCGCCUUGCCGGACAUCAACCUACAAGUCAUCACCAAAACAGACGAUACUACCGUCUUCAUCGAUGAACCUCACGGCCCUGAAGAUCACACUGGUCAACGUACACCACGGAGUCAUGAAAUUCGUCGACCAGGUUGUGGAGCAAGACGUCAAAGCCUCUUCCAAGCUCGUUGA